AUGAAUAUAUGGUCAACUGUUGAAUAUAAUGAUUUAGAUAAAGAUGAAUGGUAUGAUGUUAUUCAAUAUCGAAAAAACAAAGUGUUUGAAAGCACAACAAUCUAUCGGAUUGAUCUGACUGAAAAUAAUCAUACACUAAAUGUGAAAAGAAAUUUUAUCAAUAAUGUUUCUUUUCUAAUUAGUGAAAUUUUAUUUGUUCCGUUGGAAGAAAAAUUGGUAUAUUCGACCGUAUCAAGAGACUUUGAAAAUUUGAAUGCUUUUGAACUCUAUUUGAUUGACCUUCGAAAUACAUCGUCAUUAGUAAGAUUGACGAAUAAUGAAAUAUUUGAACAAGAUUUACAAUUAUCAACUGAUGGUAAACAAGUAUUAUUUAUGUCAUGGCCUCUAGGUUCUACUAGAAAAAAAUUUAAUAAUACACAAAAUCGUCUUUAUUCUGUAAAUUUAGCAAAUGGACAAAUAGAACGUUUAGCAGAAAAUUUCUUUGGUAGUAUUAUGGGAUAUGCAAUGAAAAACGAUGAUGGUGUUUACAUACUUGGACAAUUAGGAACAGAAGUACAUGUUUAUACACAACAAUCAUCAACAAAAAAUUUGAUUCAUCAUAAUGGAUGGAAUGGCACAUAUCGAUCUAUUGUAUCAUCACGUAAUACUAAUUCAAUUGCAUUUGUUUAUUCAUCAUUCGAAAAACCUAUGGAAGUUUAUUUUAUUAAUAAUAUUGCUCAACUUCAAUCAUUACUAGCAAUAACAAAUUUUAAUAGACUGUUUACUGAACGAGAUUUGCCACAAGCUAAAGCGUAUAGCUGGAAAAAUGAAGAUUAUAACCAAAUGAUUGAAGGACUGUUACAUUAUCCACCUGGACAAUUUCAAUCAAAAAAUCUACCACUUUUUGUUCUUAUUCAUGGCGGUCCGGCUGAUGCAAGUCUCAAUCAAUUUUUGGCAAAUGCCUUCUAUUGGGCUAUAAUGGCUGCUUCAGAAGGUUGGCUGGUCUUAGAACCCAACUAUCGAGGAUCACCAGGGUAUGGUGAUCAAUUUAUAGCUGAAAUUCGUUACAGACCUUUAUCUGUACCUGGAAAAGAUAUACUUUCAGGAGUUGAUCAGCUAAUCAAAGAUGGAAUCGCUGAUCCACAUAGACUUAGUGUUGGUGGUUACAGUUAUGGUGGUUUGUUAACAAACUGGCUGAUUACACAAACUAAACGUUUUAAUGCUGCCCUUUCCGGUGCUGGCAUCACUGAUCAUGCUUCUGCGUGGGGCACGAUGGAUACACCAGCCUUUCAUAAGUAUUUCUUUGGAGGAUUCCCAUGGGAAGUUCCGUAUAUAUAUCAAAAUGAGUCACCUAUUUAUCAGUUAACCAAAGUGCGAACUCCUACACAUAUCAUCACGGCUGAAGACGAUAUGCGGAUUCCUGCUAGUCAAAGUUAUAUGUUGGAACGUGCACUUUAUUAUCGAGAAAUACCAGUAAAACUUAUUACCUUCCCAAAUGAAGGACACGCAAUGGAUUUUAAUCCUUUACAUGGUAAAAUAAAAAUCCGAGAAGAACUUAAAUGGUUGCAAAAAUAUGGUAAUCAAUCAUCAAGUUACAAUGAUUUAUCUAAUAACAAUGAAAAACUAAAACUAAAUUAUGUUUUCGAAAUAUAUAUUUUAUUGUUGUCGUACAUAAUUAUAAAAAGUAUAUGA